AUGCGGCGAAAAUCUGAAGAUACAACCAACUUGACUAUUCACCAAACGGUUGGCGAUGAUCUGCGUCAACAAUUGCAGCGUCAGGUUAUAGGCAGCGACCUAUCUCAUGGAAAGCAGCCUCUCUCACCAACCAGCCCUACAGAUGCUUCUCAUUGGCAAACAUGUACAGCAACUGCGUCUUAUGCGGGAUUCAGCGAAGGCUCUCUUAACAGCCAACAUAUCACCUUGAACACCUUUACUCAAACAAGGGCCGUUAACGCUCUCGUGGAGAAAUACGGCCGCAUGUCACAUAUGUUCAUCCGCGAUAAAGGUGCAAACUUCUUCGUAGGCUGCAACGGCAACGCAGCGCUCUGCUUCAAAGUCAAGGCCAAGGUUGCCAUUAUUUUAGGAGAUCCCCUUUGCGAGCCAGACUUGUACAUGGCCAUCGUGGAUGAAUUCGCGCUCUACCGCAAGAAGCGAGGCUGGGACAUCCUCGUCCAGGCCGUUAGCCACGAGUUUACACGACAGGCACGAGAGCGUAACUGGCCGAGUCUAUGCGGCGUCCGCGAACGAGUUCUGAAUCCGCUUACCAAUCCAGUUAUUCAUUGCGAGGCUGGAAAGAGCGGCAAACGCAUGUUGGCACAGAAUAGCUCUGAUACUCCCAAUCGGAAUUUGGAGCUGGAAGAUAAGCUAACGGGGGUGUAUGAGGCGUGGAGACACAAGCGCAACGCUUCUGGUGUACCGCAGCUUCACUCAGCCACGUACGACAUUAUGGCCUUCCCACAAUUGGGGUUGUUCAUUUACACCGUUGACCGAAAUGGGACUGUCAAUGGGGUGGCGGCUCUCCGGAGACUGGCAUCGGGUGGCUACCACGUUGAUCCCUUUGUGAAUGCACCGGGUUCUCAUAAAUGCAUACCUGACUUGCUCAUAUUCGGUGCCCUGUCUGUGCUGAAGGUGAUGGGCGUCUCCUAUCUGAGCUUAGGCGAGGAGAUUUUGACUACAAAUGUAGAGAGCUUUGGAUUUUCCGAGAAACUGCAGCAAAGACGACGAGCUGCAAGUCGCUGGGUUCUCGCAAGACUACCUCCAAGGGAGAAGUCUUUUUUCAAUGAUAAGUACAAACCCGACCCAGAGCUGGAGACCAGGUUGUAUUCGGUUUUUCCUUCUGGGGAGCCUGGCUUGAGGCAUUCAAUAGCCAUGAUGCAGUUCUCCAACAUUAACAUUUGGUCGAUACUGCUUAUGGAGCUGUGGAAAUGGAUAUGUAGCUUGUUUUCUUGGUCCAAAAUACUUUCUGGGAAAGGAGACAACUAA